AUGUAGAUACUGAAAUAAGUCUAAAUUCAACAGUUGGAAAUGAAUCAAAAAAAUAAAUAAAAAGUUAAUAUUCUAAGCGAUAUAUUACAAAAAAUUUCUGAUAAAAAUUGUACCUUAGACUAUCUUGUUAGGAUUCUUUAUCAACAUAAAGAAAUAUGGAGUCAAUAGCAAGUGAAUAAAAGUUCUAAAAUAAAUCAAUAAAAUAGUAAUUUAAAAUAUCAGUAAUAACCUAGAAAUUCUUUAACUUUGAAAUUUAAAUAAAAAUAAAUAUGCUCAUUCUAAAUUAAAAUCCUCAACUAAGAAAAUUAAAAUGAAAAUUAGGAUUUAAAAUUUUAACCCUUUUCUUAUGAAGGUAAGAUUUUUAAUGUGAAAAAUCCUUUCACAGGUAAUAGACAUUUGGUCAUAUUUAUUUUCAGACAGUAAAAAUUCAAAAUUUCAGAAAGUCCAUAGUAGGUAGGAAUAGCAAAAACGAGUGAAUUUUAUAAUUCAAUCAGUGUAAGCACAACUGCUAUUAAGCAAAUACUUAAGAUUCCUUCGAUUUAAUCUGUAAAUGAGAUUUUAGCUAAAAUUCAACUUAUGAAAAACAAUAAAAUUAAUGAAACUGCUAGUUAUUUACCUCUGACACUGACACUUGAUUCAGAUUAAGAGAUUUCUUCUUGUACUAACUAAAAUUUGCAAUAAAGACCGAUUCCAAAAAAAAAGAUAUCAAAUUAAAUGAGUUAAAUAAAAAUUAACAAUAACCUAACAAUUUUACAACAAAAUAUUUUAUACUUAUAAAGUAUUUUGCAAUACGAGCAUUAAUUUAUUUAAUCUGAGUUAUUAAAAGAAUAAAUUUAAAUAAAAAUAUAAAAAUUCUAACUUCAAGAAUUCUUAGAUGAAAUAAAGGGCAUUAUAUCUACUUAGUUUUUUUCAUAUUUGCAAAGUUUUACAAUAAAAAGUUAUGAUAAAGAAAUUUUUUAAUAGCCAUCUCUCAAAGUAAAACCUUUAUCUAUUGAAUAAUCUAAAAAAUCAGCCACUUAAAACAGUGAUCUAAAGCUUUAUUUAUACACUGAUCUUUCUAUUUUAAAAUACAUUUUAAUAAUAAUUUGUGAGAAAAUAAUAAAGGCGAAUAAUUUUUAAAAAAAUUAGUAAUUGAACCUUGUUGUUAAAGACGAAGACUCUAAUAAUAUUUCUUUUAUAAUUCAGUUUUCUCAAAUUAAAAGAAAAGUAUUUAUAGACAAUCAUCUUCAAUAAUCAUUAUCUUUACUUGGAUCAAAAAUAGGAUUUGAAUAGUAAUAGAAGCUUUAGGAUUUAGAUUCUAUUUGCUUGCAAACAAAUCACUUUUCAUUUUCACCAAGAAUGAAAAACAAUUAAACUGAAAUUAAUGAUGAAUUUAAGUAAGAAUUAGAAAAUUAAGACGAAUUAAAUGAAUAAAUUAAUUUAAUCAAAUUUACUAUUUCUAAGGAUUUAUCCCAAUAAAAAAAAAAUUUAGAUGCAUUUAUCCUUAAUAAUUUGAGGGAAAAUAAACAAGAAAAAACAUUUUAGAAAUGUGAUAAUAAUAAUAUGCUCAGCCAAUCAUAGGAAAUAGAAGGAGAAAUAAGACCAAGAUAGCAAAGUAAGUAUAGAGAACAAAAGUUAGAAUAUCUGGUGGAAAGUCUCAAAUUUGAUUAAUUUGAAACACACUUUAGUGGAGCAAGUGAGCCUUUUGAAGUUCAAAAUACUGAAUAGUAGAUAAGAGUAAAAAACCCAAGUAUUUUUUAUAAAAUCUAAAAAAAUAAUAACAAUAGCUUAGACUAUAAAAUUACAAACAUAUAAACUUAAAAUAGAUUAAAUAGCUAAGAAAAAUCGUUUAAAGAUGUCAAUCAAACUAAGACCGUUUUUAUUGUUUUAGAGUCUCUAUAAUCUAAGGAUGAAAUAGAAGCAAAUGUAUAAUAAAAAUUUAAUUACUUUACAAAUAUCUACGAGUUUAAAACUCUCAUAUAAUGCAUUUAAAAAUUAGAGUCUGAGAAAAUAUAUCCUGAUAUAUUUAUUGUAGAUUCUAAAAUAUUCAUUAAUAGUGAAUAUUCACUAUUUGAAAAAUUAUUUAAGUUCAUUCAAACAAAUUGUAAAAACACAUUAAAAUUUUACAUAUUUAAUAACGAACUAGAAGAGUAAGAUGAUUUACAAUAAAUAUUUUAUAAGCCUCAGUUUACAAUUAUCAAAUAUACAUAAAUUAAUAGCUUUUUAAAGGAAUAUUAGAAAUGA